UGCGCCGACGGUAUUUUUGUUUUUUUUCCCCCCAGCGGUUGCUCGGUUUACCCCCCGUAGAGUGUUCCUGGCGGCUCCUUCUCGGGCCCAGACUCUUUUAUGAACACUUUGGGCUUCACUCACCUUCCAGUCUCACUGGGCAGCUUCAGUGCAGGGCUAUGGAGGCUCUGGCUGUGGAAGAAGCCUUCAUUUUUAUUCCCCAGGGCAGGAGCUUUUGGGCCCCAGGUGGCGGGCAAGACAGUUUCCCACGGCCUCCUUCCUCUGAACGAAACCGACUUGGAAGAGCAGUUUGUGAAGGGCCACGGUCCUGGCGGCCAGGCCACCAACAAGACCAACAAUUGUGUGGUGCUGAAGCACAUCCCGUCUGGCAUUGUGGUCAAGUGCCAUCAGACAAGAUCAGUUGAUCAAAAUCGCAAGCUGGCAAGAGAGAUUCUGCAAGGGAAAGUGGAUCUCUUCUACAGAGGAGAAGACAGUCACAUUCACAAAGUCAAAAAGGAGGCAGAGAAAAAGAAGAGAGAAAGGAAAAAAAAAGCAAAGGAAACCCUGGAGAAGAAGAGACUGUUAAAGGAGUUAAUGUUAAAGGAGUCGAGGCCGGAGGCCCCAUUGCCAAGGGAGGAGUGAUGCCGCCAGGGGUGGGGGGCAGGGGCAACGCUUGACCAUGAGGCAUGAUGGCUGCCUCCACUGCCAGCACCCUCCUUGUGGCUUCCACUAAACGUUUGUGGAAACGCUCCCAAGCCCCAUUUGUUCUGAGCCGGGGCACAGGGUCUGCAUGUUGAUGAUGGGGAGGAGUCCCCAGUCACCUCUCUGCCAAGUUAUGAGAAGGAGGUGGAGGAGAGAUAAGGAGAGAUUUGGAGAACUCAUGUGUCGCUUGCCCAUUUACUUACUCUCUUAGCUGAUGAAGGACAAGCAGGAUGGAAAACUGUCCCACCUUGCCAAGUACCUUCUCUGAUUCCCAAAGGGGUAUAGCUGCCUGCUCAGUCCACACUCAUGAAAUUAUGGCCCUGGGACCUAUGUGCUCACAGCCAUGCUCUGCAUCUGUUUCUUCUCCCUCCACAUGGAUUAUCCAGUAAGAGAGGCACUCACCUCAUACUUACGCUUUAGGCAAGGUUAGGGGCUUGGCCUGUUAGCACACGCUUGUGAUUAGUGCCCAAAGGGAGACGGAGAAGAAGAGAAUCUUUUUGUCCAGAGAAUGACAUCUGCGGGACAAUCAUAACACAAAGGUUUGUUUUAUUGAAUCUGUUACUUUAAUCAGCAGACCAAGCAGCUCCCCUCGCUGAGAUGAGUCACAUGCUGGAUGUUAAGUUUAGGUCUGUAACCAAACUCAAUUCAAUUCAACAAUUUAUAAGAGUCAUGUGUCACUCAAUCUGUCCUCUCUGUUCUGCCUUGUAUAUGGAAAUGUUCCCUGUCUUUUUUGGGGUUAGGGUCAAAAUAAUAUUUUGAAUAAUUACUUAUUAUAACUUCCAGAGUUCAUACCAUAAUUGAUUUCUUCCUGUAACAGCUAAAUUUAAUUUUUUUUAAAGACUCACCACUUCAUCACCUUAUACCUAAAUCAUCAAAGAUGGUAAAAGAAGGAAAAAUUUACUGUUGGCAGGGUGUGGGAAACAAGGCACAACAAUUCACAAUGGGUGGGGCUGUGAUUUGGUCCAACCAUUUUGAAAAACAAUUUGGAAUUAUGCAAGAAAUAUUUACAAAAUUGUUCCUACCACCUUGUAACCCGGUAGUCUCACUACUGAAUGUAUACUCCCAAGGAAGCUCCUGACGCCAGAUAAAAACCAUGUGUACAAAAAUA